UUCUUCACAAUAACGUCAUGCCAUCCUGUAACAUUACGAUAACAUUGAACAUCGAUAAACAAAACAACACUGCUAUCGGAUAAAUAUUCGGAGAGAGAAUGAGAGUUCAGUGUGUUUUCGUUUAUUUUGGUGUUACGAGCAGAUAAUCAAUUAAUACCGGCAGAUAAGAGUUCAUUUACUUACAAAGCAAAACAAGACAAACGAAUGGUAGCAAAAGUAUCCCAAGACGACACAACACACUUUCAGGGUAUUUUGUGAACUUUAUGGACAUUAGAAAAUGCAAUCUACAAAUUUCAAUUUUAGUUUUGAUUUUUUUUUUUCACAUACAUUUGAAACAAUAUCAAUUUCUAUUUGAUUUGUUUUAAAAUAAUUAAAUUCAAAACUACAUACACACACAAAAUACUGGCAUCAAUUAAGCUGAAUACUAGUCGUUUUGUGUCUAUAAUAGCAACAAGUUUAAUCAAUUACGAGAAACAUUCAGCACAUCUGGAGUUUUUGUUUUGAAACAAUUUCAGAACGCCCGUUUUUUCGUCUGCAGAGGCUUUCUAUAAUCAAACUCUCCCUUCUUUACAGUUCUUUGGCAAGUCCUUGGUCAUACCUACAAAUUUAAAAAUGAGUAAAAACGAAGCAAUAGAAAAUUCCUGCAAUGUAGAUAUAUCCAUGGAUGAGGAUAGGCUAUUUUUAAUAAAAGCCAAACUAGAUAGUGGCGAAUACAAUCUCAGUCCCAAACGAAAAAAUGCCUAUGUCUGGUGUAUAUUUGGAAAAGUUGAAAACCACUUGGGUGAUGAGAUAUCACCCAAUCUUGUGGCUUGUCGAUUUUGCCAUAGUGUUCUAAAGUAUACAACAAGAACAACUUCAAAUUUAGUCAGACAUAAGUGCUACAUUGCAAAAAUGAAGGAAGGUGCACUGACAAAAGAAGCAGUUGGAAAAAAGUGUGCCAAACCAGAUGGUAACGAGCCUAAAACAGGAAACCCAACAAAUGAUGAUUUUUUGAAGGAAAAAGCCAGUUUCACUUCAAUAUUCACGAAAAUAAGAAAAGGCGAAUUUAAAAUAGGCAAUAUCACAGGGCGAAGCAAUGUUUGGCACAUAUUUGGCACAAUUGAAAAUCGUUACAAUGAACAACUACAUCCUAAUCUUGUAGCUUGUCGUAUUUGCAAUCAUAUCUACAAAUUUAAUGGUAGAUCAACUUCAAACCUAGUUAAACAUAAGUGUUACAUCAGGAAACUGAAAGAAAAUGCAUUUGGCUCGGGAGAAGAGGAAAAGUCAGAAGGUUACAUCAAGAAAUUGAGAGAAAAUGCCUUUGCCUCGGCAGAAGAGGAAGAGUCAGAAUUUAAUGUAGACGCAUCUUUGACAGAGGACACAUGUUUCAGUGAAGAAAAGUCACAAUUUAAUGCAGAUGCAUCUUUGACAGAGGACACAUGUUUUAGUGAAGCGGAGGAACUUAACACGGAGAUUAAAACAGAAAAAGAGGAAUUACUGACAACUUUCACGGAGGAGAACAUGGAGGAGGACGAUCCCCUUAAUAACAAUAAUAAUGAAUAUGUUGCAGACCCUUUCAACUACUCAGCAAUAAAGUGCAAACUUCUAAACGGUGAAUUGAAGAUAAAUAACAGAGAAGGGCGAAGUAAUGUUUGGACAAUAUUUGGCAAUGUAGAAGAUCCACGGGGUCAGGAGUUAUAUACCGAUCUUGUGGCCUGUAGAAUUUGCUAUAAAAUUUAUAAAAGCAAUAAGAGAUCAACCUCAAAUUUGGUUAAACAUAAAUGCUACAUGGAAAUUGAAGAAAAUUCCGCAAAGGAUAACUCUUACCGCUGUGAAUUGUCCAUAGAAAACGCCAGAUCUCUUGCAGGGAGCAAUGAGAACGAUAGAGUGGAUAGUCCAACUGAUUUUCCUGAAAUUGAUAGCCUAUUGGGAAUAAAGUCGAAAAUUCUAAGUGGGGAGUACAAAAUAAGUUGCAAACAAGGAAGAAGUAAUGUUUGGAACAUAUUUGGUAAAAUUCAAAAUGAAUUGGGCCAAGAAUUAUAUUCCAAGCUUGUGGUCUGCCGUAUUUGUUAUAACAUUUAUAAAUAUAAUUUAAGCUCAACUUCGAAUUUGGUUAAACACAAAUGCUAUUUAAAACAGGCAGAGGAAAACAAUGCUUCAAUUGAAGUAAGUGCUGAUUUCAAACAAGAAGCUGUGCGAAUUUUUACUGAAUGGUCCAUAGAAAAUUGUCGAUCAUUUAAAAUGGUUGAGGAUGCGGGCUUUAAGAAGCUCGUUGAAUUCCUUAUUUCCCUUGGCGCAACGUAUGGCAAACAGCUGGAUAUAAAUAGUGUUUUACCAAAUAUAACAACAAUCUCUGGAAAAAUUGAUGACAUCUACACCACAUGUCUGGAUGUAAUAAAAUCGGAAAUAUCAUCAAUCAAGGAUAUUGGAUUUGGAUUGACGGCAGAUAUUUGGUCAGAUACAUACCUAAACCAAUCAUUUUUGAUAUUUACAAUGCACUAUGUCAGGUAUGGGUCAUUGUUUAGAAGACUUUUGGGUAUUAAUGUUAUAAAUGGCAAAGCAUGCACAAAGCAAAACAUUAUCGUGAAAGCCAAACGUUUGCUGAAUUAUUUCAAUUGUGAUUUGGAAAAGUAUGCCGUCAUUGUAACAGAUAAAGAAAUUAAUAUGACAACGGCAUUUGCCACAUAUAAUCACAUCACGUGCAUGACACGUUUAAUUCAGGACGCCAUACAAAAUGUUUGCGGAAAUGUACCCGCCGUUAACACUCUGUAUAAGAACUGUGUUAAUAUUGUAAAACAUUUGGGGAAAUUCCAGCAAUCUACUCCCAUUAAAAGUUUUAUGGAAAAUUUCUACACAACUUCUGGUGACACUGUCUAUGCAAUGUUUAGUUUUGUUGGAAAAAAUUGGCAAGAAAUUUCCCAACAUAAUCACAAAGAUAAUGAGAUUGUUGAAAUAUCUCAAAUUAAUAUAAAUGAAAUUAACGAUAUUCUCAAUAUUUUUGAGCCAUUUCAAGAUGCCUUAAAAGUUCUACAGGAUGAAUCAAAUGCAACACUGCAUUUGGUCAUUGUUUACAUACAUCGUCUGCGAAAGUUAUGUGCCGUUGAGCCCAAGGACUUGGAAAUUAUAAAGGAAUUAAAAGCAAAACUUUUGAAGUAUUUCGAUAGUUCAAUUAUGCCCAAUGUAACAACAAUUCAUAAAAUUGCCUUGUUUCUUUUCCCACCUGCCAAUAAACUGAUCCAAUACGACACUGUGGAACGGGAACGUAUUAAAUCGGAAUGCAAAAAAAUCAUGGAAACGUAUUUGGAAGAAGAUCUUGCCACAAAUGAGGAGAUUGAUGGCGAUAAUAAUGCUUCGACAUCCGCAAAAGACGAUAUAUUUUCUGAUUUUAUUGCUCAACCGGACAAAACGCAAAAUAUCAGCGCUGUCGAUCACGAAAUUGAAAUGUAUGAGGGAAUUCAAAUUAAAUUCAGUGAUAAUUUCAAUGUUCUGCAAUGGUGGCAUCAGAAUAAAAAUACAUUUCCACUGUUGUACAAGACAAGUUGUAAAGUUUUAGCGGCGCCCGCCAGUAUGGCAUAUUCGAAGGAUAUUAUUUCUUUGGCUCGUAAUUUUAUAGCUGACAAAAAAUACAUUAUUCACCAUAAAAAUGUUUCCAUUAAUAAUAUAAUGUUUCUGCAUUGUAAUUUGGAAAAUUUUGAUUUAGAAACAUUUUUUAUAAACGAAAACAAUGUUGAAUCAUAAAACAUUUACAUUCUAUGUAUAUAUGUAUAUAAUUUUAAAUUUUAUUAGUUAAGAGGUUGAAAUAUUUUUAUAUGAAUAAAUAAAUUUUUA